AUGUUUCUCCAACGCUCCGCCAUUGCUGCUGCUCGCCGAGCAGCCGUCUCCCCAGUCGUGAGACGCAGCUUCACCACCAGUAUGAUCAGAAGAGAAGCCAAACCACCUGCCGCACCACCCGCCGGAUCGAGCGACCGAAAGAUUAAGAAGUUCGAAGAAAUCAAAAGCGAAGCCGAUCUCUUUGGGCCCGGUGCAGCUCCCGGAACCGUCCCUACCGAUCUCGAACAAUCGACUGGUCUCGAGCGUCUUGAGAUCUUGGGAAAGAUGCAGGGAGUGGAUAUUUUUGAUAUGAAGCCUCUGGAUGCCUCUCGAAAAGGCACGUUGGAUAACCCAAUUGUUGUCAAAUCUUUCGGCGACGAACAAUAUGCCGGUUGUACUGGAUACCCAGUUGACUCGCAUGUUACUAUCUGGCUUACGAUGUCCCGCGACCGUCCCAUCGAGCGCUGCCCAGAGUGUGGAAAUGUAUUGAAGAUGGAAUACGUGGGUCCGCAAGAGGAUCCUCACGAUCACCAUCACGAUCACCACGAUGAUGGACAUCACAAUUACGAGGAGGCAAAGACCUUUGCUGAUUUCGUUCGUCCGGAAUACAGAUAA